UUCGCGCGCCCCUCCCUGCAGCCGCUCUUGGUACGGUCCGAGGGCAGAAUGGCUACAGCAGUGCUUGGAGGUUCCAAUCGGAUCCUGCGGGAGGCGGCCGGGCUUCCUCUUUUAAGCGCGUUGGUCGCGGUUUCGCCUGGUUGCUGGAAGUGUCCGCAAGGAGCAAGACGCUAUUUACUGACAGAUGAUAUUGUACAAUUACAAGCAUUUCAACAACAGAAAUUGGCAACUGGAUAUAGAAUAUAUGGUGAAAAAGAUACAUAUUUCAGAACUAUUGAAGAGAAGUUGGCAAAAACGAGACUGAUUCUCAAAGACGAGUUAAAAACAUUACUACAUCUUUGCCAGACAAAAGAUGAAGUGGAAUUAGCCAAGAAAGCUAUUUACAGGUACCAUGCAGAGAACAAAAAUGUGGCUUUUGGAGAAUUCAAAUUUGGUCCAAUUUUUAUGAGGCUUUGUUAUGAACUGGACCUUGAAGCAUCUGCAUUUGAACUAAUCAAAGACCAGGCUCUCCAUGGCUUCUUUUCAGAAAGCACGUCUUUCAAUAUCUUGAUGGAUAUGCUGUUUAACAAAGGUCAAUAUGAACGUGCUCUGGAAGUACUGUUAGAAAUGAAGCAGCAAGGCAUAAAAUUCAACCGAGAAACCUAUUUCCUCGCAUUUGCGAUAUGCUACAAACUGAACAGCCCAGAGUCUUGCAAAAUUUGUACCACGUUACUUGAAGAUGCACAGCUCAAAGGAGAUCAGAUGCCAAGAAAAGCAUAUUAUUUUGCAGUUGCAUUUGCUUUGAAACAGAAUGAUGUCGUAAAAGCCCGCUCCUAUUUUUCACAGAUCAUAAACACAGAAAGUAGGAUAUGCAAUAACCUGAAACUACUCCUUCAGGCUGAGUCGGGGGACCUAGACAACCUUGUACAGACCCUGGAAAGAGCUGUUGAUUCCAGUGCUUCGGAUUUUGUGAAAAAACCUGAGUUCUGUGUGGAAGUGCUGAGUACAGCCAGGGAGAAGCUGGAGGAUAACCCAACUCUGUGUAUCUGGUUUGAAGAAAUCAUGGCCAAGCUCCAGGCCUCAGGACAGGUGACCUCCCUGUCUCUCGAUGACUUGCUGUGUCAGACCCCACAGUCAAAGAGACGCCACACGCAGCUGCUGAAACAGAAACAAGUCAGCCGACGGACUCUGAAGCCUCUACACUCGGCCCUCCUAGCUGAGUAGAUCUCACAGUUGGACUGUAUAUUUUCCUUGGAAGAACUGGGUUCCAAUAAAAUGUCUCCUGUGCUUAGGAAA